AUGUGGCACGACAAGAAUUUUUUGCAUUUACCAGAUCAGCGUCUUCUCUGCACCAAGUACGGGACGAUUUGCACGACUAUUAGUAUACCCGAGCCCACCUGGAUGCCCUUCAAGAAAGAAGACACCGACCGAUUGGCCGUCCUCACCUCCGCCGGCCUGCUCUACGUCUACCACCUGAGUUUGCAGACCGUCGGCGCUGGGCUACCGCACGUCGGCCAGCUGAUCAACGUCAGCGCGGCGAAGAAGAUCGAGGUGGAGACGAGGAAGUCCGGAAUUCGCGUGCGGAUUGUUCAAGAAGAUGGCGAGAAGGUCCACUUCAAGGUGAAAGCCGAGAACGCGCGCAUCUGGGCGGCCAAGCUGUUUUGGUUUGAGACCACCAGCGAGAACAAGACCAAAAACCACCCGGCGCACGACGCCUUCUGCUGCGAGCGCUCCAGGAUGAACAUGGGCAUCAGCUUCGCGAAGACGCGCCGGGUGAAGCCGACGAAGACGAGCAAGUCGGGCAGUUUGAUGAAACCGCCAUCAAUCAUCACAUCGGUCGUCGACUCCGGCACGGCGUCGACAAAAGCGACGGCCCCCACCUCCGAAAAGCCCCCCAUU